AUGGGUAAAAAAAGGAAACAUGCUGAAACUACAGAUGACUUUGAAUACGAUCCUAUACCUCGACAUUUAGUAACAUCGCACAUUCAGAAACAAGAAAAACGUUUAAUCGUUGUAUUAGAGAAUGCUCAGUUAGAAACAGUAAAGAAUGGCAACAGUUUUGAAUUGUUAAAUUGUGAUGAUCAUGCUAACAUUUUAAGAAAAAAUGACAGAGAUCCAGGUUCAUGUCGUCCAGAUAUCACUCAUCAAUCUCUUCUAAUGUUAAUGGACUCACCACUAAAUAGAGCGGGACUCCUGCAAGUUUAUAUUCACACAGAGAAAAAUGUUUUAAUAGAAAUAAAUCCACAAACUCGGAUUCCCAGGACAUUUAAAAGAUUUGCUGGAUUAAUGGUUCAGCUACUGCACAAAUUUUCAAUUCGAGCAUCUGAUGGCCCAAUGAAACUCCUUAAAGUUAUUAAAAACCCAAUAACAUCACAUAUGCCUGUUGGAGUGAAAAAAAUCACUAUGUCAUUCAGUUCCAAAGUUGUUAAGACUUGUCGGGAAGUAGUUCCUAAAGAAGAACCAAUAGUUAUGAUCAUAGGAGCAAUGGCACAUGGUAAAAUUGAGGUGGACUAUUCAGAAGAUGCAAUAUCUAUAAGUAACUAUCCUCUAUCAGCUGCAUUGACUUGUGCAAAGAUUUGUUCAGCAUUUGAAGAAGUAUGGGGAGUAGAAUAA